AUGAAUCAACCUACUACUCUCUCAGUCAUCACUAUGCCAAUUCCUGGCACUCGUUAUGCUCCUAAGAAGUUCAAGGGAGACUAUACUCGUGUCAGGGAUUUUGUUCUCCACUAUGAGCGCAUCUGUCAUGCAAACAAUGUCACUGCUGACGAUAAAAAAUGCUCAAGCAUUCUCCAAUACUGCUCCACAUAUGUUUGCGAAUUUAUUGAAGGAAUGAAGCACUUCACUACACACUCAUGGAACAGUCUCAAAGACGAAAUUCUCCAGUACUUUGAUGCUGCAAAAGCAGAGGCCAAAUUUAAAGAGCAUCAUCUUAAACAGCUGGUCGAUGCUUCGCACAAGAAGAAAAUGGGCUCUCUGGAUGAUUUCAAGAGCUACAUGAGGAAGUAUGUUCGCAUUGGUGGAUGGCUUCUUGCCAAAUCCAAAAUCACUCAGGACAUAUUCAAUCGCUCCUUCUGGAAAGGACUACCCAAAACCCUUCAUCAUUGCGUUAAAAACAGACUUCUACAGACAGAUCCUACCCUUGAUCUCUCCCAGCCUUUUGUCUUUGAUGAUGUUGUCAAGGCUGUAGAGCAUGUCCUUUGCAGAGAUCGCUUUGAUGAUGAAGAUUUUGACUCUGAUGAUUUGGAUUCAGACUCGGAUUCAGAGAACUCUUCCAGUUCUUCGGACGAUUCUUCUGACUCUGACAAAGAGGAAGAACCACCUUGUUAUAUCAGGAAAACCACCAAGCAGAAAAAAGAGAAAAAGUGCACCUCUGAGACAGAGAAAGAGAGAAAGUUGUUGAGUCCUUCCAAGUCGAAGAAAACCCUUCACUCUUUAGACGAAGAAGAGCACACUGCUGUCAAACAGGAUGAAGUAGAAACCUUUAUCAAGAAGUUGGGUUCUAUGACAAUUGAAGGUCCUAACUAUCCUCUGCUCUAA